CAGGGCGGCGGUGCGGCGCGUGCGCGCUCGGGCGCGGCGCUUGAGGGGUGCCGCUGUAAGGUGCCGGGCGGAGGCUGCGGUCGUUUUUAUACCUUCCCGCGCGGGCGCCGGCGCAGCCAACGGAAGGCGGGCGGGGCGGCGCGCGAACCGGCCGCGGAGGCCCCGCCGCCAUGAAGGUGAAGAUUAAGUGCUGGAACGGCGUGGCCACUUGGCUCUGGGUGGCCAACGACGAGAACUGCGGCAUCUGCCGGAUGGCCUUCAAUGGCUGCUGCCCGGACUGCAAGGUGCCGGGCGACGACUGCCCCCUGGUGUGGGGCCAGUGCUCACACUGCUUCCACAUGCACUGUAUCCUCAAGUGGCUCAACGCGCAACAGGUGCAGCAACACUGCCCCAUGUGCCGCCAGGAGUGGAAAUUCAAGGAGUGAGGCCAGCGCUGCUCCCAACGCCCCCUCCCCUCGCCCCAGAUGGUGUCCUGACACUCCCGCCCCCCCCCAUGGGACUGGAUGGCCAUGGUCUCUACCAGGAUGCUCCUUUCUGGGCUGGGAUAGGGUUGACGUGAGGACCAGAGCUGCAUUUGUCUUUUUCCAUCACAGUGUUGACACUAUCAUCCACUAAGUGAAACUCAUUAAACUCCCAAGUCGCUGGAGGCA